UUGAAGUUGAGCAAAUAGUUUACAGACUGAAAUUGAAAAUGACUUUUGACCGAUCAAUGGUAAUGACCUUUACCAGGGUUUAUCUAGGAGAAAUACUAGGCUGUUUGACGUUCAUACUAGAUACUGGAAUGAUAAUGAGUACAAGGUUUUUCAUUCAUGAUGUCACCUGUUUGGAUAUGUACAAUUAUACCAUAUGCGAGACUUUGAAUGAGCACCAUUCUCAACAAAUCCUUUUACAAGAGAAAGUCGCAGAUUUAAUAGCAACACAUAGAUUGAUUAACGUCAUAUCUUUACUUCUAACUGGAUUAUUCCUCGGAGCAUUAACAGAAGUCGCGGGACACAAAGCUGGGAUGAGUAUUGGCAUGUUUGGGUAUUUUAUAAAUUCCAUAUGUCUUACAGUUUCUUGUGUUCUCCGUCCAUCUGUUACACCAGUGAAGUAUAUAUUAAUUUUCGCAGGUGUUUCUGUCCAAGGAUUGUUCGGUGAGAGAAUAGUAGUUCUAAAAAAUGCUUUAGCUUAUUCUCUAACACAAGAAAAGACAGACCAUACACAAAGACAACUGGUAUUCCAAGGUGUGACGUUUUUUGGAAGCUUCCUGGCGUGCAUUGGCGUGAGUCUUCCACUUGAGGUAAACCCUCAGAAGAAGAGCUACUUUGCUAUUUAUUUGUGGCUUUCUGUAAUGUCUUUUCUUGGGUUAAUACUACCAUUGGUCGUUAAAUCUAGCCCCGAUUCACAAUCCGAUGUCUAUGAAACAUUUAAGGAUGAUCAUCCCGUUGCUCAAAAUGUUGAUGGCACCAAGCUUGGAAAUCCUGACAGCGUUGAUGAUGCUAUUGAACUCAGUGCAAUUAAUGACGACAAUAGAAAACUAAUCAAAAGUUCCAAAAGAAUCAACAAGAAUACUCCUACUACUAGCAGGGUCAGGAACACUUGCUCAUUACUCAGAGCUGUUUGGACAAACGUGGUCUCCAUCGUGCUGAUUUUGUUCAAGGGGAGGGAGUUCAAUAACCAAACUCAAAUAUUAGUGUUGCUUUUUAUGGUCGGAUACAUAGGUUUUGUGAUGCAAUGGUACAUUGAAGAAAUUGUACUGUUCACAUUCCUCCCUCCUCUAAAUUGGCGAUAUUUCGAAAACUCUAUACAAUAUGUCAUAUAUGCACUUACAGCGUCAAUCUAUGGAGUAGUGGUUUUACCUAUAAUAAGAAAAGUCGCCAAUCUUUCCGACAUCUCGGUUUAUAUUUUGGGUAAAUCAGCUUAUACUUUGAGCGUUACAUUUAUGAUAAUAUAUCCAAGUAAGGCAUGGGGUAUUAUUCUUUAUUCAAUAUUAC